CUCCUUUGCUUCCAGAGGGCUGGGAGGGCUGGAGAGCUGCAGGAGCUGAAGGAGAAUGCUUGGAGUCCCCUCUGCCCAAUGACCUCUGGUCUGCCUUGCCCUGCUCUCGACCGCCGGAGCGCGCGCCGCGUCGCCACGGAAACGCCGGGCAGGCGCGGCGGCGCGCACGGCGCGCUCUCAGCUCCCGGUAGAAGUGGCGGCGUCCCCUGCUCCCGCGCGCCCUGGCGGCCCGGAGCCGCGCUCGUUGGGCUCCCGUCCUGGAUCCCCGGCGGCGCGAAAGGCAAGAUGUUGAGGCGCAAUCUGGAUGACCGAGAUGCUCAAACAAAACAACUGCAGGAUGCUGUCACAAAUGUGGAGAAGCAUUUUGGAGAGCUUUGCCAAAUCUUUGCUGCUUAUGUACGGAAAACUGCCAGGCUUCGAGACAAAGCCGACCUCCUGGUGAAUGAAAUCAACAUGUAUGCCUCCACCGAGACCCCAAAUUUAAAGCAGGGUCUGAAAGACUUUGCUGAUGAGUUUGCCAAACUUCAAGAUUACCGCCAGGCAGAGGUUGAAAGACUUGAAGCCAAAGUAGUUGAACCUUUGAAAGCUUAUGGGACCAUUGUAAAGAUGAAACGAGAUGAUCUCAAAGCAACAUUAACAGCAAGGAAUCGAGAAGCCAAACAGCUAUCUCAGUUAGAAAGAACACGCCAGCGAAAUCCAUCUGAUCGACAUGUAAUUUCGCAGGCAGAAACUGAAUUACAGAGAGCCACAAUUGAUGCUACCCGUACAAGUCGUCACUUGGAGGAAACUAUUGACAAUUUUGAAAAGCAGAAAAUAAAGGACAUAAAGAACAUAUUAUCUGAGUUUAUCACAAUUGAAAUGUUAUUUCAUGGAAAAGCUUUAGAGGUCUUCACUACUGCCUACCAAAAUAUACAAAAAAUUGAUGAGGAUGAAGACCUAGAGGUUUUCCGAAAUUCUUUGUAUCUAUCAGAUUAUCCAUCUCGUUUAGAUAUUGUAAGAGCAAAUUCAAAGUCACCUCUUCAGAGAUCAUUGUCAACUAAGUGCACAUCUGGAACUGGACAGAUAUCCACCUGUCGAACAAGGAAGGAUCAACAAGUAGAAGAUGAAGAUGAUGAAGAAUUAGAUGUUACAGAAGAUGAAAACUAAUUUAAAAAAGAAUUCACAUUUCAGUUUUCAUGUCAACUGACUUGAAAUGUAGCACCACUUUAUACUCACUUGGCAGGUUAAACUGUAAAAUGAAAUACUACUAUGAAACAGGAGGGGGAAGAAUUAAAAGAAGUUAUGCUGAUUAAAAAAGGUUUUUUCUGAAUUACAUAGUCUGUCAUCAUCCUAUAUAUGGUAGUGUAUAAUUUUUCUGUAUAUGUUCUAUUAAAAAAGAUUGUGUACUUCUAA